GGGCAAGGCAACGGAAAGCACACGAGACAGACGUGCCUCAACAUGUCCAGUAGCAUCCUCUGAAUCUGCUUACCUCAUUGUGUGAUUUCCAGUUUUCGUGCGCUGGCGUCUGCUCGAGAAGGCCGGGCUAUGCUGCCAUGGCGGCCAAGCGAUCCAAUCGGGGACCCCAGUUCACACUGUUCGGGACCAUCUGGUGGACGCUGGUCUUGCUCGUCGUCACCAUCGGGAGUACCGUAGUCGCUGGGCAUUGGCGCGUGCCACUUCAGUUCCGUUCACCUCUCGAUUAUCCUUUCGACGGAGCAGCAUUUCCAGAGGCGGCGGCGGCCUCGCCGCUGGCGGCGGCAACGGCCCCGCGGCCCGACGGGCCGGCGCUGGCGGCCCCUGGCAGUGCGGGGGCGCCGGCGGCUGGCGUGGCCCAGCCGUCGUCGGGCGCCGCGGCCCCGGAGCAGACGGUCGCGGACAGCGACCCCGUGCCCGCGCGGCAGUUCUGCGACAGCUGCUGCAACGACGGAGAGAAGUACGUCAAGUGCUUCGACCUUGGCAGCUGUGAGGAACACGUGACGAGGAGGAGGAGGGGCAGCGCUCCCGAGAAGUACGCGCUGGUGCUCUCCCACUUCGGCAUGCCAAACGCACGGUUCAAGUUCCUGCCCUUUAUCUCUUCUUGGAGGGACCAGGCCACGAAGUAUCCCGGCGUUCACAUCGAUAUCCUGCUGCUGAUCACAGCAAAAGAUGCGAAAUACUUGAAACCUGAGAACCACAAGCUCAUGGAGGAUACUGGCGUGCGUGUGGUGGAGGUUGAUUGGAAUGUACCACCUGGCAUGAUGUACAAAGGGCAGUCCGCAUUCAACCACUACAGAGACGACGGAUCAGACUGGUGUGGGCCGCAAGACCUGAUGCGCCUGCACGCAUUCACCCUUGAGGGAUACGAUGCCGUCGCCUAUUACGACAGCGACAUCGAGUUCCGAGGAGAUCUCCUGCCAGUCUUUCGAUGCGCGUCGAAGCCGGGACGAUUUAUCACAACUGGAGGUGGAAUAGGCGUUCCGCUGAACAUAGGUUUCUUCGCUCUCCGUCCCGACCCUCGCUUCAUGCAGGCGUCCCGAUUCUUUGCCGAGAACUAUAACUACUCCCUGGCCAACGGCUGGGGCAACAGUGGCUGGGCACCAUCUAAAGUGAAGUACGCUGGUGGCGAAUGUGGACAAGGGUUUAUUCAUACUCUCCUUUACAAGCGCGGCAGCGAGCCGUCCCUGAAGUCUCUGGAGGCUGCGGGGCUUGCUGCGCCAGGGAUGUUGGAUCCAGUGCAGAUCGACAAAUGUGUUUGGAAUUAUCAAACGUCCUUCCAGUGCCCGAAGGACUUCGACUGCUCUCUGGUGCGAGCGCACCACAAGCCCAAGAAGCCAGGCAAGAACCCGAACGAGUGCCUCAAGCUCGGAGUGAAGUGGAAGCCGCCCAAGCCUGGCGAAUGACGCGCCGAGUGAUUGGCGCAUCCACUGCCGCCCCAGCUCCAGCAGGACCUGCAGUCGCCUCGACCAACCCGGAGCGAACGAGCGGAACCCACAACUCAGCAUCGUCUAAUUUGUGCGCAUCCCCACUGGACCAUGGUAUAUACCUCAGCCCCACCAGCCCACCCUCCUUGGUGGGGACAGGCCCCACGAAAACCGAAGGAACCGGCACGCAUCCCCACCUGGAAGGCCAAGUCGGCCAGUGCGGCCAAGUCCACGCCAGAAGGGGUAGGGAUCCAAUAGACGAUGCUCAACUCGGAGCAGCCGACCCCCGAGCGCGGCGCUCCCCGGCCGCCCGCUGGCGACGCCCGGCGCCGCGGCGCUCCCCGGACCGCGGGUUGCCGCGGCG